GAAAAUCGGAAUUUCUGGACAUCAUCACGCCGGGUGAGAUAUGAGAAGAGCUAUUCUUCCUCUUCCUUCGCAAAAAGGUCCGUCUAUCAUGGCAUCGGCGAUAUCCGCAACGAAUCAUGAUGGAUAUUGACCCCUUUUCGCUGUCCAAAUUGGCCGAAGGCGUGGAUGCGCGCUGAUGCCCGAACGUGCUUUCAUCAAGGGAUCAUUCCAUGCAUUAAUUAGUAGGCAUUAUUCUCCUAUGGCGUUCUUGCCGGGUGUCCCCGCUUGCAUUUCAUUGCAUUCUAUCUCUUUAUUAAAAAUUUUUUCUUGUUGCCCAUUUAUACAGAUUGAUAAUCGGGCGUUCUCGACGUGGCCCCAGUGGCUCUUUUCCCCCCAAUUCUUCCUUCUGUCCUGGUCCAGAACCGACAAUUUUUGUUUUCUUCUUUAUUUUCGUCUCUUUCUCUCUUGCUUUGCUUUUUCUUCAAUAAUAAACGGCGUCAAGAAAGUGGGAAUGAAGUCUAAAUAUUGUGGAUGCUGAAAAAUACUCGAUGCAUUCUCAACCGCCUCGUAGGCCAAGAAUGAGCAGGCAAGGUUCUUUGAGAGGUUCUUCGAAUCAGAUCACACCCGGGAGUGUACCUUCCAGCAGCAGCCAACUAUCUCGGGACUUAAGUAUAGCUAGUCUCGGUCAGUCGCAAAGGAAGCACGAAGGCUACGGCACAAAGAAGCACAUCACAGUCAUCACGGGAAGGGUGCACUCCACGGAUGAUGUCCCGUCGCUGUAUAUAGGCUCUCUCACGUCAUCACCGACGGUUACAACACUGGAUACAAAGAUAAUGGCCUCAGAACCCGCUGGCAACAAUACUGUCCUCGAGGAAGACGAGACGGGAGCUCUUAUCGUUUCACGAAAUGCUUCCCCAGCCCACCACCCUGGGUACAUGUGUCUUUUCCACAUUCUCAACUGCUAUGAGACGUUUGACAACGCUGAGCAAUGGAAGACUCACAUUCUCAGUCACUUUCGUACCCAUCCGCCGCCCAAGUCGGCCCGGUGUCCACUGUGCCCGGAUAAGAAGUUCACGACCAAUUCAUCUUCAACUCUCCACAGCAGUGCCUGGGAUCUCAUGCUGGACCACAUCAUCACAGUACACUACCACCGGGGUCAGACCCUUGCAGGAAGCCGCCCCGAUUUCGAGUUGAUGCAAUACCUCUACCGUUUGCGGAUCAUCAGUGAUGCACAGUUCAAGACGAUACAGCUUGCGCCAUCUUCGUCGAGUCCUGCUUAUCAUCGGUCUCAGGACUCGGUGAGGGAGAGCAUUGGCUCGACGGACGAGCCAUACUAUGCUCCAUAUAGCCGUCGGAGGGAGAAGAGGCUGCGUAGUCACAGUCGGGGAAUUAGUGUUGCAUGAGAGAUAUAUCAUUUGCGGAAGUAUUUGUUAUGGCAUUUUCUGGGUUAUCAAGCGUGGGCAUGGCAUAUAGACUUGCUAUUUUUUUUAAAAAAAAAAUUUAUUUAUUUUUUUGCAUAAGAG